CUUGGAAAUGUUUUUUUCAUAUAUUUUUUUAUUGGCUUAAAUGAUGCAUAAAUUGUUCAAGAAUGAUAUUCAAAAACUAUUUUGGGGAUAAAGCUUCGAUAAACAUUUUUUAUAUUUUUUUUCCGAGACACCUUUGAGCUCCCCGAAACGUUUAAAAAAACCGUUUUGCUGCGCGCAGCAUUUUAAGUGUAUUACAGCUCUGUUGGUAGUUCUUGCCGGUAUAAAUCAGUUAUAUUUCUUCAAAAAAUAUAUAGAUGGCAUUAAUACAUCUUAGAGAAGCCAUAUGACGCCAUAAUAACCGUUAGACUAACGAUAAACACGCAGCAAGCAGUACCACGUGCUACUCCGAGUUACGCGCUCAUCUGCUUUAAUUUAGUGCUUUUCUAGUAGCUUUUUAUAUUAAAAUGAGUGGGAAAGUGUAGAUGGGAAAAAAGGAAACAGAUCAUCAACUCGUGCCAGUCGGAGCAGAAUUUCCAACAGAAAGCCGCUCAAUCGCUACAGACUCGAGGGUGACACCGAGGAUGUUUCAAGGCUCGCGAAAAAAAUGAAAGCGUCAACAUCUGAAAAUGAUAUUGAAGUCGAUGCUGCGUUUGGCUACCGGAUUGUGAAUCUCAUUACAAUGUUAACCAUGUUGUCACAAAUUCUAGUGUGCAAAAACUGCGGAGGUAGUGUUGCUUUUUCGGAGUCGUCGAAACGCGGCCUUGGAUUCAAGCUCGUUGUAACUUGUGAAAAGUGCGGAAGUACUACUAUUGACAGUAGUCCUCUAAUUAACAACCAUGGUUAUGAUAUAAAUAGACGACUCAUUUUUGCUAUGAGACUACUUGGUAUUGGGAUUCAAGGAAUAAACAAAUUCUGCGCGUUCAUGUGUCUCCCUAAACCAGUGUUUCAAAAAACAUACGAUCAUAUUGUACAAAGUAUAGCAGUAGCUACGGACGCUGUGAAAUGUAAAUCAUUACGAAAAGCUGCCGAGGAGGAAAAGAAGAUUUGUGUAGAAAAAGGACAACUUUCGGGACUGACAGUGUCGGGGGACAGCUGCUGGAGAAAGCGUGGCUUCUCUUCUCUUUUUGGAUUUGCAAGUUUAAUUGGAUGGUUUUCUGGGAAAGUAAUUGAUAUUUGCGUUAAAUCAAAAUACUGCUUGGAGUGUGAGUAUUGGGAAGAAAAGGAAGACACCGCUGAAUACGAAGAAUGGCACGCUUUACACGAAAAACGCUGUCAUGCAAAUUACAGCGGAAGUGCAGGAAAAAUGGAGCCCGACGCUGUCGUUGAAAUGUUCUCGCGUUCUGAGGCUACGCACAAUGUUCGAUACGCUUACUACAUCGGAGAUGGCGACAGCAAGACACAUAAGAGUAUCCAAGAUGCCAAGCCCUAUGGUGAUUUUUCUGUUGUAAAGAAAGAAUGCAUAGGCCAUGUACAAAAAAUGCUCGGAACAAGAUUACGUAAUUUAAAAAAUGAAGUUAAAGAUCUUGGUGGCCGAGGUAAAUUAACUGGAAAAUUGAUUGACGACCUGAGUAUUUAUUACGGACUAGCUAUACGUCGAAACGCAUAUUCUGUGGAGAAUAUGCGGAAGGAAAUCUAUGCUGCAUUGUACCAUAAAAUUUCAACCGAUGAAAAGCCUCAGCACGACGGAUGUCCCGUAGGAGCAGAUUCUUGGUGCUCUUGGCAAAAAGCGAAAGCCUCGCAUACUCUCGAAAUAUACACGCAUAAACCAGCUGUGCCAAUGCAAGUAUUCCAUGCUGUUCAAAAAAUUUAUGAAGACCUAACGAGAGAAGAUCUUCUUUCCCGUUGCCUCGGAGGAUUCACUCAAAAAAAUGCCAACGAAAGUUUAAAUGCCGUCGUUUGGUCAAUAGCGCCGAAAGCGAUAUCCAGCGGCGAAAGUGUGGUUGACAUUGCUACAAACAUCGCUGUAAUAUCAUACAAUUGUGGUUUUCGAGGACUUUUAGAUGUUAUGAGCACACUUCAACUGUAGAUUAACUCGGAAUUAUACAAUUUUUCCAUGGAAGUUGAUCAACGUCGAGUUACAGCUGCAAACCGCUCAGCAUCGAAAAAUCUGAAAGGCGCUCGGGAAGACAUUACUUCGCUUAGAAAAGAGGCUGAAGAGAAAAAUACAUGCUUGGAAGGGCAGUUUUACGGUGCUGGGAUAGCAGAGUAAAGGUGGUGUACAGAGACUUCUACAGCGUACGCAGAUUUCCUCCUCGAACAACACAUAUGUUUAAGUUACCUAGUGCCACGACGCCAUUUUGUAUCUUAAAUU